GAUAGUAAAAGAUACCAGUUGAUUAACAACACACAUGUGACUCUGACAUGCCCACUAUCUCUUGGCGGUGAGCGCAUGUGUAAUUAAUGAAUGAUUGGUGAUAACUAUUUUUAAAAGCAGAACUACAGUGUAUUUAUGAUACAUUCGCAGCAAAAUAUGGACAAAGAGAUGCCCGACUUUUGAUCGCACUGGACGAGUGGUUGUGAAAGUGAAAGUGUCUUCUCUAAAGAACCAAACAUGUCUCCGUGCCUUGGUUUUCUUCCUAUUUCCAUGGUUUUGCUUGCUUCUGGUACUUUUAUCAUAUCGUAUAUCAUUGCUGUAGUACGAGGAGAUGUUUCAGCAGCAUUUCCAUACAUCAGUGACACUGGUGCUGAAGGUCCAGAGAGUAAAGUGUUUGCUCAGUUUCUCAACAUCUCCAGUUUCCUGGCUCUCUGGACGAUGUAUGUGCGGUAUAAAAUCAUAAUUUGCCUCGGGAGCGGUGAGGAUCGAUGGCUGCGAAACAUGAACCGUUUUUCAUUUGUACUUGGUGUCUUAGCUGCUCUUGGUUGUUCCAUGGUGGCCAACUUCCAGGAGAGGACUGAAGUUGAGGCAGUUCACUUCACAGGAGCGUUCAUGGUUUUCAUCGGUGGAUUUAUCUACACUUGCCUCAUGACGGCCAUUACGUACCACAUGUACCCAGACUACAAUGGGCUGUACAUCGGCAGAAUACGUCUCGCCAUUAGUGUCGUCUGUCUUGUAUCGUUAAUUAUCACUGGAGUAGGUGCAGGAAUAGCAAACUACCAGUCUACCGGGUCUUUCCACCGCCACUCUGAGUUUCACUGGAACCCUGGUGAUGAUGGCUAUGCCGCUCACGUGACCAGCACAGCUGGAGAAUGGUCCAUGGCGUUGACAUUUCUGUUUUUCUUUUUCACCUACGUUCGGGAAUUUAACAAGUUUGAUCUGAGUGUCCGACUUCAGGCUCUUGUGCGCCACAUGGAUGAAGAACCGUUAGUGGUGCAAUUGGGAUCUGAUGAGCGUACAGCCCUGUUGCAUUAAGUAGUAACUGGACAAUACAUUUGUUUUUGACUUAUUGGUCAAAUACAAAAUAAUAGAUCUAUGUUCACAAGUAGUAAAUUUAUUACCAUUAUUGUUAUAUUUGAUAGUGUUAUGAGAAUCGUAGUCAUAGACAAGGAUAGAGAGAAUUCUUAACUUAGGUGAAUCAGGGGUGGGAAUUCUCCUCAUUCAUGGAACAUUGCGUUUCCUCGCAUUUUAAUUGUCCUUUACUACAAAAUGUGUCAGAUGGCACAGAUUUUAACCUAGGAUUUCAAAAAUUUCCGGGACCCCUCUAGAUUUCCUUUUUUUUUUUACAGUUCACCAAUUCCCACCCCUGGUGAAUCAAUCGUGGCAAUUUGGUGACAGUUGUAGAUAUGUUUUGGCUUUGUUUUGUAUUUUCACAUUAAUUCAGGUUACUCAUCAAGUUAUUGCUCCAUUUUAUACACAGAAUAACUAGUUAAUGCUUUAUGCUAACAGCUUUAUCCUGCAAUUCAACAAGAAGAGUCAUAAAAUGUUAAUGUGUUUACCACCACACAAAACUAUAUUUUUAUAUAUUGUAUUGAUACUAAUGAUGUAAAUAAUGUCUACUUGGAAACCUAGUCUGAAGUAAAUUUAAUACAAGCUUAUAUUUUAUGGCAAAUCAUGUUUAGUCACUGACUAAAUAAUGUUGCAAAAAAAAUUUAUAUAGAGAAUAAUAAGCGAGUGAAAUAAUUUUCAGUUGUCACGAGCUUUAGCGAGUGACAAAUGAAAAUUAUUUCACAAGGGACAUAAAUUUGAUAAUAACUGGUACCGAG